AUGACUCUUCAGUGGACUAUAGUGGCCGGUGUGCUUUAUGCUGAAAUCGCCGCCACCUUCAUUCUCCUUCUCCCAUGGGUCAGACCAACUUUGUGGAGCAAGCUCUUCAAGUCUCGUCUCUUCACUGCGCUCUCAAAACAUGCGCAUAUCUAUUCGAUGACUUUCGGAUUCGUUUUGUUCAUUCUUUUUGCCGAUGGUGUUCGUGAGACAAUGAAGUACAACGAGCUUGAGGACAAAAUGCACCGCACAGCUGAAGCCGACGCCACCUACCACAUGCGUCUGUUCCGUGCUCAGCGUAACCUCUACAUCUCCGGAUUCUCCCUUCUCCUCUGGAUGGUUAUCCAACGCAUCAUGACCUUGUUGAGCCGCGCCGCUCAACUCGAAGCCGCCGGAGAGGCUGCCAUGCGUCAGGCUGAGAACGCUUCCAAGACCGCCAGAACUUUGAUGAACGCAACCGAGACCAGCGAGGAAGUCUCCGAUUUGAACAAGCAAAUCGAAAAGCUCAAGGGUGAGCUCAAGUCCGUCAACACUGACCGUGACACACUCAAAAAGCAAUCCGAAGGACUUCAACGCGAAUUCGACCGUGUCUCCGACCUUCUCGCAUCCAGCAACUCCAAGGGAGACAAGAAGAAGGACUAA